AUGAACUCUAAGACUCAGUCACUAUCGAGCAUCGAAAAGAACGCAGCUUUCGACGACAAGCAACUUUCCUCAGCUUAUAGUGCUCCUCCCAGCGAGGAAGAGGCACGCGAGUUCCCUCAUCGCUACGACGCCCGUGCAGUGCUCGAGGCACUUCGCUCCGACAAAAGCAAGGGACUCACAACCCAAGAAGCACGAGAACGUCUCAAGCAUUAUGGAAAUAAUGAACUGAGCAGUGGCGAUAGCGUAAGCCCGGUUAAAAUCUUGAUCAACCAGAUAGCCAAUGCGAUGACGCUAGUCCUGCUUAUUGCCAUGAUUGUCUCACUUGCGAUCACGUCGUGGAUUGAGGGCGGUGUUAUAGGUGGCGUCGUGGGCAUCAAUGUAUUUGUCGGCUUCAUUCAAGAGUACUCAGCUGAGAAGACCAUGAGCUCUUUGCGCUCGUUGGCUUCACCGACUGCAACAGUGAUUCGCGACCACAACUCGAUGACAAUUCCUGCACCUGAGGUUGUCCCCGGUGAUAUUGUGGAACUCGCUACUGGCGAUACCAUUCCUGCGGAUGGCCGAGUCAUCGAAUGUAUGAACUUAGAAACAGACGAGGCACUUCUGACAGGUGAAUCCAUCCCUGUUGCCAAGAACGCCCAGGACACCUUCCAACCCACGGGGCCUGAAAAUGACGAGGUUGGCAUCGGUGACCGACUGAACAUGGUCUAUGCAUCUUCGUCUGUGAGUAAGGGUCGUGCCACUGUGCUUGUAACCAGCACAGGUAUGCGCACGGAGAUUGGAAAAAUUGCCGACGCAUUACAAGGUGCAUCGAAGAACCGCAAAAUCCGGGAGGUCAAACGCAAUGCAUAUGGAAAAAAGAGACCUCACCAUUAUAUCGAGGCAGGAGCUUUGACCAUUAUGGACCAUGUACUUGCAUUUUUGGGACUCAACGUCGGUACACCUCUGCAGAUCAUGCUGUCAAAGUUGGCAGUACUCCUGUUUGUGAUUGCCGUCAUCUUCGCGAUCAUCGUGUUUGCCUCGAACAACUGGCAUGACAAUGAGGUCAUUAUCUAUGCUGUGGCCACUGGUGUUUUCGAUGAUCCCAGCAUCACUGACAGCCGUACUGACCAUUACAAUGUCCAUGGGAAGUCGUGCGAUGGCACUCUUACACAGGGCAAAAUGGUCGUGCGAAAGAUAUGGCUUCCUUCUGUAGGCGACUUGGACGUUUCUGAGACAAAUGAGCCCUUCAAUCCACACAAAGGAGAAGUGACUCUGCGCCCUAAUGACGAAAAAUCUGAUUGUGUUACAGUUGCUAGCGAGGGCCGCCCUCAGGAAGACCUAAGUGGAAAGCUCCAGCCACUUCAUGACAUGCUAUUAGUCACUUCCAUCUGCAACUUGGCCAAAGUGUUUUACGACGAGGAUGCCGAUGCCUGGACGGCCCAUGGCGAUCCGACCGAAAGCGCACUCCAGACUCUCGCUUUCCGCUUCGACAUGCCCAAAACCAAGAUUGGCAAGUCGGAAGAUAACGUAAAUGGCGAAUGGGUACAAAUUGGCGAGUAUCCAUUCGACAGUUCACUCAAACGCAUGGCUGUAACGUACACAUAUCAGCCGACUGGCGAGCAUCGCGCCUUGAUGAAAGGCGCUGUUGAAUAUGUACUUGCUGCUUGCAGGUACAUCCAGACGAAGCCAGAGGACCAUGGUAAAGAAGAAAUGAAUGAAAACGUCAAAGAUAUGAUCAUUAGUCAAAUGAACGCAAUUGCCAAAUUGGGACUUCGUGUUCUUGCAUUAGCUCAUCGCCCCUUGUCCGACAAGGAAGCGUCUCAAGGCGAGUCGCUCGAGCGCGAGUCUGUUGAAUCUAAUAUGGUGUUUCUUGGUCUUGUGGGAUUGUAUGAUCCACCCCGCCCCGAAUCACGCGAUGCCGUGCACACUUGCCACACAGCAGGUAUUGAAGUGCACAUGCUUACAGGUGAUCAUGCCGGCACAGCUAAGGCCAUUGCUGAGCAAGUUGGCAUUCUUCCGCCGAAUGUGGACGAAAAGACUAGUUCUCUAGUGAUGACGGCAGCUGAAUUUGACCGAAAGUCAGAUGAGGAAAUCGACCAAUUGCCGGAACUUCCAUUGGUCAUUGCCCGAUGUGCACCUCAGACGAAGGUACGGAUGAUUGAGGCACUCCAUCGCCGUAAGCGCUUCUGUGCAAUGACGGGCGACGGUGUAAAUGACUCACCCUCUCUGAAGCUGUCAGACGUGGGUAUUGCGAUGGGUAUGGCCGGCUCCGACGUAGCGAAAGAUGCGUCUGACAUUGUUCUUACAGACGACAACUUUGCGUCAAUCGGACACGCCAUGGAAGAAGGUCGCCGUAUGUUUUCCAACAUUCGCAAAUUUGUUUUGCACUUGCUUGCGCAGAACGUCGGCCAGGCAUGUGUGUUGUUGAUCGGAUUGGCAUUCAAAGACGAUACUGGACUGUCUGUAUUUCCACUGAGUCCGGUUGAAAUUCUGUAUAUUAUCAUGGUGACCAGUGGCUUUCCGGCCAUGGGUCUCGGUAUGGAGGCUGCUGCUGUUGAUGUCAUGAAGCAGAAACCGAAUAGGUCACGCUUUGGUGUGUUUAAUCUUGAGGUUUUGUGUGACCUGCUUGUGUAUGGUUUGAUAAUGGCCGCCCUGUGUCUUGCCACAUUCUCCCUUAUCCUAUACAGGUGGGGCAGUGGAGAUUUGGGUCUAGACUGCAACGACAGCUACAAUGAUAGCUGCCUUGAAGUAUUCCGUGCGCGUGGUGCCACCUUCGUUGUCAUGACAUGGUUCUCUCUGUUUUUGGCUUGGGAGGUAACUCACAUGCGCCGCUCGUUUUUUGCCAUGGGAACUGACGCGCACUGGUACAAUCAGUGGUUCGUUGACACAUGGAGAAACAAAUUCCUAUUCGCCUGUGUUAUCUUGGGAUUUAUCAGUGUCUUCCCGAUCAUUUAUAUCCCAGGAUUAAAUCACAUUGUCUUCUUGCACAAAGACCGAGAGGGUUGGGAAUGGGGAAUUAUAUUUGUUUGCACGGCCAUCUUUUUCUUAGGCGUUGAGUCUUGGAAAUACAUCAAGCGUAUCUACUUCCGACGCGCCGAGCGGAUUGAAGCUCGAAGCGCCAGUAAACACAAAGGUGACGAUGUUGUUUGA